AUGAUGGCUCGUUCUGGGGCGGCUUUGCCGCCGCUGUUGCUGCUGCUGGUCGUGGUCGGCGCUUGCUUCGCGAGGCCAGCGGCGGCGGCGCAGUCGCACCUCUCCGCGCUCGGCAGGACACUCGUCGUCGAGGCGUCGCCAAAGGCCGGCCAAGUCCUGUACGCCGGCGAGGACACGAUCACCGUGACAUGGCGCCUCAACGCGUCGGCGCCGGCCGGCGCGGACGCCGGGUACAAGGUGGUGAAGGUCACGCUCUGCUACGCGCCGGCGAGCCAGGAGGACCGCGGGUGGCGCAAGGCCAACGACGACCUGAGCAAGGACAAGGCGUGCAAGUUCGAGAUCGCCCAGCCGCAGCCGUACGCGUACGCCGCCGCCGGCCCGGGCACGCGCACGCUCCGGUACAGGGUCGCCCGCGACGUCCCCAGCGCGUCCUACCACGUGCGCGCCUACGCGCUGGACGCGUCCGGGGCGCCCGUGGGCUACGGCCAGACCGCGCCCGCUUACUACUUCCGCGUCGCGGGCGACACGGGCGUCCACGCGUCCCUCCGGGUCGCCGCCGCCGUGCUCUCCGCGCUCUCCGUCGCCGCGCUCGCCUUCUUCGCCGUCGUCGAGAAGAGGAGGAAGGACGAGUGA